AUGCGUUUUCGCGCAACGAUCGAGCAUGUCCCUACUUUCUUUCGGAUCGUACAGGCAAUUGAGAAACUCCAAAAACGAUUCUUGAUUAAGUUUACGGAGACGAAUAUGCACAUCAUCUGCAAUAGCGACGCGAACGAGGGUGGCAUCCAAGUUUGGUCGCAAAUCAAACUAGAUUCCAUAUUCACAAACUACCGCAUUCAAUCCAAUGCGAACAACGAAAUCACGAUGGUCCUUCCUUCGGAGGCCUUACUGGCUGCAUUGAAAUCAGCCUCAGCAUCCUCUCCAACCUCAUCCUUCGAAACAGAAGAGGUCGUCAUGAGAUUGGCGAAGAAAAACGACCAAGCCUUACUGAGCUUUGAAAUCUCUGGCUUGACGCGCGUAGGCCGCAAAGUGCGGGUGGCGCAUGAUGUCAAGAUUGAAGUCAUGAAACCUGCGGACGUCGAAAAGCUCUCGGAGCCGAUGUGUCCUGAACCUGAUGUUCAUAUACUCUUGCCGCCAUUACAGAAACUCAGGACGAUCGUUGAGCGGCUGCGGCCCAUGUCGGACAUCUUGGCCGUCCGAGCGAACAAUAAUAAGUGUCUGCAAAUCUCAAUCCAUACCGAGGGAGUGAAAGUGGAGACGGAGUGGAAGGAUUGCGUGAACCCCAAAACCCAGGAAGAUAAUCCUGAUGAACCACCAGAAGAAGCACGCAAUCCCGAAGAAUUGUUCACAGUUCUCGUGUCCGUCCGAAGUUUCCUCAAAUUCUUGAACAGCCAUGUUGUUUCGACUACAACCAUUGCAUGUAUAUGCCAACACCAUUGUAUGAUCCUAUAUGUCUACAUCGGGGAUGUGGCGGACGCUGGGGGCGUUUUGACGUUCUAUAUCCCUGCGAUUAUUGAUGAUGAAGGUCGAUGA